GAAUCCGGGGAGGCCCGAACGAGGCCGGCGCCUCCGAGGCCCCGGCGAUGCCUCGGCCUUCGUGUCCCCGCCAUUCAGGGGAGCCGCCCCUGCCAGGCCCCCUGGGGCGCUGCCAGCUGGCCGGCUCGGGCCGGGAGCUGAGAAGCGGGCAGAUGCGCUUCAAGGCCCCGAUAAGGGUCGCCCCGAUAAGGGCCUUGAUCCGGAGCUACGGCUGCGAGGAGAGAGAGUCGUGGGCGAGGUCGACCAGCCCAGGGGGCAGAAGAGGCCAGGAGUUGCCCCUUCGAAGGGCUCCCCCUCUUCAGGGUGCUCGGUUCCUCGGUCCUCCGCUGACAGAAACCGCCCCUCAGGCAGGCUCGGCACCUGCUCACUUCGGGCUGCUUCUUCCACGGGUACAGGCCCCUUUUUGGAUUAAUGAACACCAGUCCACGUGAUCAGACUCCGCGAGCCCAGCGAAGUGGAGGGUGUUCGUGCCCGAUUUGUGUCCUGCCACCUUUGCUCUGCUCUUCCAUGCAGGCAUUUGGCAUCAGUGUUAAAGUGGUUGAUAUACAAGCAACAGUCUGGGUGCUGCUUGCAGAACACGGCCAUAUCACUUGGGCAGUUGUCCCACAUUUUCUCUGUUGUUGGUGCAAUGCCCGUCUGCUGCGAGACUGUAUUGCUGCUGACGUGGUCAAGAAGGGACAUGCCCAAUGCCAGCACCUGCUCAGAUAAGGAACAAACAGCUGCCAAGGCCAGGGGUCCAGCCUAUUUAAGGGAGCUGGGAAAUCAAGCUACCCCACUAGCGGUACUGGACCUGUGCAGGACGAGGCAUGAAGACCCUCUUGCUGGCACUCCUUGGGGUGGCUUCACUCCUGCAGCUCACCCUCUCCCUGAGAAUUGGCGCUUUCAACAUCCGGGCCUUUGGGGACAAAAAGCUCUCCAACCAGACCAUCUCCAGCUUCAUUGUCAGAAUACUGACCGCCUACGAUCUUGCCUUGAUCCAGGAAGUCCGAGAUGCUGACCUGAGUGCAGUCAAGAAGCUGAUGCACCUAGUCAAUUGGGCAUCGCCAAAUGCCUUCAGCUACCUGGUCAGCAAGCCUCUGGGGCACAACAGCUAUAAGGAGCAGUACCUCUUCAUUUACAGGCGGGACAGGGUCUCUCCGCUGGAGAGCUACUAUUACAAGGACGGCUGUGAGCCCUGCGGCAACACCACCUUCAGCAGGAAACCCUUCAUUGUCAAAUUUGCUGUCCCUCAAGCAGAAGUGAAAGAGCUGGUCCUGGUGCCCCUGCACGCAGCUCCUGAAGCUGCAGUGACCGAGAUUGACGCUCUCUACGACGUCUACCAGGAUGUGAAAAGCAGGUGGGGGGCCACGGAUGCCCUCCUCCUGGGAGACUUCAACGCUGGCUGCAAGUACGUCCGGGUGGAGGACUGGCCCUCCAUCCGCCUGCGCUCCAUCAAGGACUUCCAGUGGCUCAUCCUGGACACGGCAGAUACCACGGUGACCAAUACCGUCUGUGCCUAUGACAGGAUUGUGGCAGUGGGUUCAAAGCUGAGAGAGAGCAUCUUGCCUGCAACAGCCAAGGUGGACAACUUCCAGAAGACCCUGAAGUUGAGCUCCAAGGAUGCCUUGGCUGUAAGUGACCAUUUUCCAGUGGAGGUGACCCUAAAACCCACCUGAGCCCCCCUGGCCCAGGAAGGCCACAUCCAGCCUGCAGCCCUACCCAACUACUUCAAAGAUGCUGCUCGGAUUGCUUCGGAGCCCAGCAUGACCCUUCACAGACCCAGGCGACAGGCAAAACCUCAACAGGUUCUCUUUCUGACACAACAGAAGCUUAAAUAAUAAAAAGAUUAGCUACCUUCAAA